UUUUCUAAUUAUUCCUUCUCAUUUUAAAUUUAAUGUUGUUUUAUUAAUUUUUAUUUCCCAUAUGCAUAAUUUUUUUCUUGCCAAAAAUUUUAAAUUUCUAAAAAAUAAUUGUUUAAAAAGAAAUUUUUGAUUUCUGAAUUUUUCUCGUAAUUUUUAAUAUGACGUUAGCGUAAUCAUUUUAUGUAUUUCACUCAUUUAUUAUAUUUUUUUAAAUUUUUGACUGACACUAGUCUUGUAUUUGAUCACCUUAUAUUUCCAUAAUUGAAAAAUUAUCAAUUAAAAAAUAUUUUUUUUAAUAAUUCGUUUCCUUGCCAAAAAUUUUAAAUUGUCAUUUUUAAUUAACCAUUUCUAGCUUCUCUGAAAACAUUCCUUUUCCUUUUUGCUCAAAUUUGCUCUUCACUUCAAAAAUAAGCAUCAAAAUAUAAAAAUGUCUCAGCGUAAACAACAACCAUCAUCACGCGGUCGUAAGCGUCAUCAAGAUGCUGAAACAUUCCAAAAAAUGGAAGGCAAAACUUUGCCAGAUGGUUUGGAUUUGCAAGAUGAUUUGGAUGUUGAUGAUGAUCCUGGGACUUGGAGUGGCCAUAAGAGAUCCUUUGGUAAUACUGUUAGUGCUGCACCAGAACAGAUUGGAAUUGAGAAUAUGCAGGUUUCGCCACGAACAAAGAAAAUGAAACAUAUGAAGGAUGUUUUGGGUGUUGGCGCUUCGUUGGUUGGUCAAGAUCGAAAAUUCUCUCCUGAAAAGCCUUUAGACAUUCCAUCAAAAGUUCAGAAUGGUUUGGCUCUUAACGGACCUGCGCCUUUCAGUGAUGAGCCUGAAGCUAUUGCUACGAGGGAGGCACUUGAUUAUUCCACUCAAGUUACUCACGAAAUGGCUAAAAAUAAUACCGCUGGUCGUCCAAUUCGAGUUUUUGCUGAUGGCAUUUAUGAUCUUUUUCAUUAUGGCCACGCCAAUCAAUUGCGACAAGCUAAGAAUGCAUUCCCUAAUGUUUAUCUGAUUGUUGGAGUGAAUGGCGAUGAAGCUACACAUCAUUACAAAGGUCGUACUGUAACAUCAGAAAAUGAGCGUUAUGAGAGUGUUCGACAUUGUCGUUAUGUUGAUGAAGUUUAUCGAAAUUCGCCUUGGUAUGUGACUGUUGACUUUAUUGCUCAUGAUUCUGUUCCUUAUGUCGCUCCAAACGAAGAGGAUCUCUAUGAAAAAUUUCGUCGCGCUGGAAUGUUUGAAACAGACCGGACAGAAGGUGUUUCGACUAGUGAUGUAAUCUCUCGAAUUAUAAGAGAUUAUGACAAAUAUAUUCGUCGAAAUCUUCAACGUGGCUAUACUAGGGAGGAAUUAAAUGUUGGAUUCUUUUCGGCUCAAAAAUAUCAACUUCAAAACCAGAUUGACCAAUGGAAGCAAAAAAGCGUUGAAUUCAUUAACAAUUGGAAGAGUCGUUCAGAUGACUUCAUUCGUGGUUUUGUUGAUAAAUUCCAUCGUGAUGGGCAGCUUAGUCUUGAUGUUCGUCAACUCAAAAGGCUUGUCUCUCGUAGUCCAACUCCAGCAAUCGAGGCUGGCCGUACCAAAGAUGAUAAUGACGUCUUCCAAGAUGCUCGCGAUGUUCUUCCAUUAACUUCUUCAGUUUCUGCUUCUACGCUUGUUGGUCGUUCGAAAUCUGUUAGUAAUAUUCUCUCUUCUGGUAAUGAUGCAAGCACUUCCACUGCAAUCUAG